GUUCCGAGUGUUUUACUUGUACGAUCAUUCGAGCGAUCAGUCAGGUUACAUAUAGAAGGGUUACGGAGAAACCGUCCGAUCGUAUGUACAAUUGAUUAAUUGUACCUCUGAUCCAGUGCCAUUCGUGAAGACUGACUUUUAGUGUUAAUCGAAAUAUGAUAAGUGUGAUAGCAGUAGCUUUAUUAUCAGUAUUAAGCAAUAUUGAUGCACAGAACAGUUCACCACUAGUGAAGUUACCGACGAGAGAGCAAAUCAACUUAUACAACGUGCAAUGGUAUCAACAGACUUCAAAUCAGCCUCAAUCGCAGCUGCAGCAGCUAAGCAAACCACCUCCUUCGGUGCAACAGCAGCAACAGCAGCAGCAACAGCAGCAACAGCAGCAACAGCAGCAACAGCAGCAACAGCAGCAACGGCAGCAACAACAGCAACAGCAGCAACAACAGCAACAGCAACAACAGGGACAGCAAAGUUAUAAUGUGCCACCUCCUAGUCAAGGUCAACCACAAUUUCAGUAUGAUUCAGCAUCUUUUGCUGUUACAGAUUUGGCCAGAAGAAUCGGUACGGUUCUGGGUCAGCAAAGUAAUGCUGCAGUGUUUUCUCCGGUUAGCAUAGCUUGUGCUCUUUCCCUGCUGCUGCUUGCGGCAAACAAAGAAACAAAACGGGAACUAUUGCAACUGUUAAAUUUCCAGCCGGAUAGGCAGACACGGAAUAACAUUCAUCAUCAGUAUGGAAAAAUGCUCCGAGAGGUAGCCUCAUCGGCUCCGGACGCUUAUCCCAUUCCAUGGCGCCAAUCGGACCGUUGUACUGAGUACGAUGACGAUGACUUUCAGCCGGAAGUUCAAGUAAUUCACUUAGCAAACGCCAUCUUCGUCAAGCGUGAACUUCCACUGAACGGGAGGUACGUAGAGCUAUCGCGAACUUUCUACAACAGCACAGUAAAUCCGAUGGAUUUUGCUAACAAUCCGCAGCAGUCGGCUUCCAGCAUAAACCGGUGGGCAAGCGAUAACACGUACGGAAAAAUUAAUCAAAUUGUGUCAAACAACAUUAACACUGAUACUCAAAUGAUCGUCGCGAAUGCGCUGUAUUUUAAAGGAUUGUGGAAGGAGAUGUUCGAAAAGCAAGCCACCACCUAUAAAAUGUUUUACCCAGACGGUCAUGCUCACCCGGAGACGGCAAAAGAGGUCUUGUCGAUGGCUGUGAUAGGGUGCUUCCCAUAUUACGACGCAGUUCAGUACGAUGCUAAAAUUGUCGGAUUGCCCUACCAGGGCGACAAGACUGCUCUCUACAUAAUCAUCCCGAACAAUUCAAGCCGCGAAAAAUUGCAACGCUUCCAGAGCACGUUGACCGGUAAAGACAUCGGCAAUAUGGUCGUCAAAAUGACCGUCAGAAAAGCACUAAUUCAGUUGCCGAAAAUGAAAAUAUCCAACACGAUCAAUCUGAGAGAUGUUCUGCAGAAACUAAAUCUCCGCACCAUUUUCAACCCGUCCAGCAGUGAUCUAUCGGGGAUGUUGGAUCAGUUCGAUCGUAAUAGAAACGGGUUUCGCGACGACGCUCUGCGGCAGCCGCUUUAUGCAAGUGAUAUCAUCCACAAGGUAGAACUGGAAAUCAACGAAAAAGGAACGGAAGGUGGCGCCGUCACGGCGUCUACGAUAUUCCGAUCGCUGCCGUCGGUAACCGUACGGAUCGAUACACCGUUCUUGAUGCUGCUCGGUCACGAUGCCACCAGACUGCCGCUGUUCUAUGGAAGCAUCUAUGAUCCAUCUAGAUGGAAUCUGAAUGAGUUCAAGGGUGUAGUCGUCUUCCAGUGUGAGAAACGUAAAGCCUUAACCAUGAAGAUAACAAACAUCGCACUGCUAACAUUUGCAGUGUACUUAUCAGUGGCAGCUGCCCAGCAAUAUGCAAACUAUCCUUCGAACAGGUAUGUGCUACGGACGAAUGGGUGGUACGACAGCUACGAGCAACGAAGACCGUUCAGAGUUGAAUCAAAGAAACUUGCCAACCUUGUUCCCACUGCUCGAAACACCAAAGCUCGUCUCGGAUCAAUCUCCAACUCUCGGUUUUCCGGUGGAAUCGGUUCGCGACUUGGAGAGACCUCAACGGCUCCGCAAAAUGUCGUACCACCAAAAAACGAUCAGCAGCUUUCGAGUGCCGUCGUAGAUCUGGCCCUGAGUAUUGGUCGCAGUUUAUCGGACCAGACAAGCACGGCGGAAGUUUUUUCACCCGUCAGUAUCAUGGGAGUCUUAAACCUUCUGCUGUUGGGUGCCCAGGAUGCCACGAGAACCGAACUGCUCAAUGCAUUAAAACUGGACGGACGCACAUCAUACAGUGCUUAUCACCGCAGAGCGGCAGGAAUGUUGAAAAACUUGUUGUCCAACAACCCUCAGGAAUUGGAUCAACUGGCUUGGAAAGCUGGAUCCUGUGCAGAAUCUGAAUACUCCGACGAAGAAACCUUACCACCAGCUACUACAACGAGUAUUAAGGAUCUUCGAAUUGCCAAUGCUAUUUUCGCUCAAACAAAACUGCCAUUGAACGAAAAAACCGUCACACUGGCCAGUCAACUGUACGGUGCUAGUACACAGAGCGUAAAUUUCCGUGACUCGCUGGCUGCUACAUCCCUCAUCAACAAAUGGGUCGCUCAGGCAACCAACAACAAAAUUCGCGAAAUAAUCAGUGGCAGUUUUCCCCAGGAUACCAAUAUGGUAUUGGUCAGCUCACUCUACUUCAAGGCAACCUGGAUGACGGAGUUCAUCGCCAAGUCAACGAAACCGAAAAACUUCUUCCCGGACGGGUUAGAUCGACCGUCGUUCAAGGUGGACACAAUGACCCUGACAGCAUGUCUCCCCUAUCACUUCGAACGAGAUAUUGGACUACGAGUGUUAGGUUUACCAUACAGUGACAAUGCCACCACGAUGUACGUUCUAAUGCCGCAAAAUUCGACUCGAGCAAAGUUGCGCACCCUACAGGGUCAAUUAACGGCAGCCCGACUCGAUUCGAUCCUAUCGAAAAUGCAGCUUCGUACCAGUACGGUCAAUUUCCCCCGGAUGCAACUGGAAAGCAGCACCAAUGUGGAAAAAGCUCUCCGUCACCUAGGCGUGAAGUCCAUCUUUAGCCCCCAGCAUAGUAAUUUGCGUCUGAUGCUGAAUCAAGCUGCCGACGCCCAGGGACAGUCACCGCUGUACGUGAGUCAGAUCAAACACAAAGUGAACCUCAGCGUAGACGAGCGUGGCACGGAGGGUGCUGCGGUUACGGUGACCCUGAUCGAUCGUGCCGGCUCGUCGGUGUACUUCAACGUGAACCAGCCAUUCCUGAUUUAUGUUCGUCACGAUCCCACCCGUUUGCCAUUGUUCUACGGGGCGGUGUUUGAUCCACGAUCCUAAAGGAGUCGACGAAUCUUUUGUCGGUAGUUUUAGUACCGUACCGGAUUCAUUUUCCGGUAUGUUUAACGUGCCAUUCCGCUACUGAUUGUUAGGAAAAUGGGUUUGUUACGGUUGCUAAAUUGUAGUAAUAGGUUUUACCCGUGCCAAAGAGACGAAUGAGUGACUAAGCGCUAGGUAGUAAAGUGUUUUAUGUGUGUCGUGACUUGGAAUGAAGUGAUCAUAAAAAAGAUGAUCUCUUUUGUAAAGUGGAGUAACUGAAUUGACAUUGAUGAUGUAUUAGACUAUAUUUAGGUACAUAAAACAUUGCUGAGCAGCAACACAUUCAUUUUUCAUAAACGAUAAACACAUUUAUUUAUAACCACUUGUGCAAAUAUAUAAAUUUUAUACAAAUAAUUAU